AUUCAUCAUCUUGUAUUUACAUGGAAGUGGGUGAGAUUGUAUUUUAAAUUGUUAAAUACCUUAAUUUAUAUUUAUUGCUUCAGAGAAUUUUAUGUUUGUUAGUCGCAACUUCCGAUAAAAUGUCAUCGCCUAUAGAAAAAGAUAAGGAAGAAGGGGAAAUCGUUGAUGAUGAUUAUGAGGAGAUUUCAGACAACUCGAUCUCGUUUCCAUUAAAUGAAUCUGGUAAGUCUCAUCCUUCUAAAGAACGAAUGUCUGUGAUAUGUUUGAGCAGUCUCAGCGAGUUUGAGGAAGAGGAGUAUCAAAGGAGAGUUGGGAAACUAAUGAAAAAGGGUCGGAAAAUGAAGCAUCAUGGUCACCAUAGGAGAAAGAAAAAGUACAUUGGAAAAACUCACAAGAGUAGAAAGUGGAAAAAAGUGCUUAAACAUAUAGAAUCCAGCUCUGAUGAUGAGUCUAUAAAUUGUCGUCUUGUUAGGAAACAACUUAAAGCUGCUAUUAGGGUUGAGUCACCAUCGGUUGAUUCCACAGUUAGGACUGUAGGAAAUCAAGUGAAUUGUUUGAAGAAUAGAUUAAGGGCCAUGACAAAACUAAAUGAUGAUGGUGUCGUGGAACAACAAUGUGAUAUUAUUAAGUCUGACAUUGAGAACAAAGCAGAUGAUCCGAUUGCAGAUUCUGGAGAUGCUUUAGAACAAACUGAUAUUGAAUUGACUCAGUUACGUUUAGAAGCAUUAAGAACAGCUGUAUUAAAUAAAUUUGAGCAUAGGAAAAAGAGGAAACAUGAGGAAUUGCAGAAAAAUCAGGAAUUACCAAAUAUUGACAACUUAGAAACCAACAAGGAGAAUAGCAUACAAGAAAAUGGGAAUAUUAAUCAGACAUGUACAGAUAAACCGAAUUUACAACCCACAUCUCCUGAUGAAGAAGACGAAGAUGUUUUAAGGGCAAUAUUGCUAGCAUCUAUGUCAAAGAAAAUGCCUAAAUUUGCUGAGUCCAAAAGUCCUGAAGAACCUGAAGUAGAAAAGGUAAAGUUGAAUCAACCUGUUAUAAAACCAUUUAUUAUACAAGCAAAAAAACCUGUGCCAUUAAGACAACAUCAAAUCAAACCAAUUAUUAUAAAUAUUGGUAGCGAUACAGAAUCAGAAGAUGAACAAAAUACUAGGACCAUUAUUAAUGCAAAAACUACAGAGCUUCCUGUAAAUGGAUAUCAAGUAGGCAAAGAAAUAGAAAGUACAGUGGAAAAUUUCUUAAAAGAACAAAGAGCAAAGAUUGAGGAGGUUCAGGCUGUUACUAAACAAGUGGCUCCCCCUAAAAAUCAAACUGUUGAGAUAACUACACCAAAAUCCAAGACUCAACCCAAAAUGAAUGAAUCUGUGAUACUAGAAAAGUCUUCUGUUAAAUUACUUACCAAAGAAAAACAAUUAGAAUAUCAGAAACUUCUACAAAGGUUAAAAAUGGCUCAAAAGAAGCCAAAAAUGAGACGGGUUUCGGUUAAAGGGACUGAAGAGGGCAACAGCCCAAGGAAAAAUGUAAAGACUAAGUUAAUCAAUCCUCCAAAACUACCAGUAGUGAAUAAACCUUUUAGUGUGCAGCAGGAUGCUGGGAAUUUACAUCUCAUUUUGAAGCAAAUGCAGAAGGAACAUAAUGGAAGAUUGCAGAUUGAGGAAAAAUAUGUUGUUCUCACUCCCAUCAUCAAGAAAAUAAACGAAGCAACGACGGAGAGGAGGAAAUACGACCAAGAAGUGAAGCGGUUGUUGGGAGCAUUGGCGGACGCAAAAAGGAAAUUGCAUAACUCUCACCAGACGUUUUCCAUGUACGUUAAAGAGUUAACCAAGAGGAAGGAAGAGAUUGAUAAGAGACCUAAAACACCGAUUAAGAAGAACGGAGUAUCUACGCCGCCGUUAACAUCAACACCGAACAAAUCUCAAAUCUCCGUAGCGCCACUAGACGUGAGCAAAGUUUCAGUUACUUCUAACACUACCUGUCCCAUUCCUGACAUUAGCACCACUCUAAUAGCACCUACUAGUCAACCAUCCAGUCCCGCACUUAGCACUGUCUUAAUAUCUGAAACGAUGCUUGACAGAAGCGGUGGUGAGUGUAAUAUGGAUAUCGAAGAGCAACACCAAGGGGAGAUCAUUGAAAAUUGUAUUAAUGGGAAGGCCGAAAGUGCAGAUGAUUUGAGUUGUGGCGAUCCUAAUGAUUUGAUGUUUUCCAUUGUUGUUCCGGAAAAAGAGUCACCUUCCAAGGGUAUUCCAGAAUAUGUAUCUCCGUUGGAUCAUGUGAAAAGGGAAUGUCCGAUCGAUCCGUUCGUGAUAAUUUGCCCGUACGACAUCUGCGGUAAAUGCCGCGAUAAAGAGUGCACUUACAAGCACUACGAAAAUUAAGUGUAAGAAAACUUAUUAUUAUUUUCUUAAUAAUUUCCUCAGUGCCUAUUAUUUACUAAAUUUCUCUAUUUAAGACUUUUAUUAAUUUCUAUAUCGUAGCAUUAUUGCUAUUCAGUACAAAUUUAAAUUAUUUAGUAAAACAUUGUUAUUGUUUAAGUAUAAUUUUUUAAAGACCUCGGCUCGAUGGUGCGUGCGUUUGAACGUAUACCCUUGUAUAUUUGUUACAUAAGUGAUAUUAUUUUUGUACUUUAAUUAUAUAAUAAAGAUUUUUUUAAAUCA